UUAGCUACUGCAUCAUCUCUAGCGGCAAAGUAUUGUGAGUUGAAGAUUGGAAAAUGCCACCUAAAGCGAGCGGUAAAGCAGCCAAAAAGGCCGGUAAGGCGCAGAAGAACAUCUCCAAGGGAGAUAAAAAGAAGAAACGCAAGAGGAAGGAAAGCUAUGCCAUUUACAUCUACAAAGUCUUGAAACAAGUCCAUCCCGAUACUGGAAUAUCGAGCAAGGCUAUGAGCAUCAUGAACAGUUUCGUCAACGAUAUUUUUGAACGAAUCGCCGCCGAAUCGUCCAGGCUUGCUCAUUAUAACAAGCGUUCCACCAUUACGUCUCGGGAGAUCCAGACCGCAGUGAGACUCUUGCUUCCCGGUGAACUUGCCAAGCACGCCGUCAGCGAAGGAACAAAGGCCGUGACCAAGUACACCAGUUCUAAAUAAGCUGUGUAGAUUGGAGAAAACUAAUCAAAUCGGCCCUUUUCAGGGCCACCAUUUCUAUUCAAUUGCAUAGAACUGUCGUAGCUAUAUACCAAUUGACAGGAGUACGCACUAUUGUUUUAAUGUUCAUCUAAAUUCAAGUCGCAUGUAAAGUCGAUUGCUUGAAAGGUUCUCUCUCUUGUACAGACUCAAAUCCUCAAUGAUUAAUACGAUUGCGAAAAAUGUUCAAGCAUCUUCUUAAGUUACAAAUUUUGGCUCAGAGCUAUCAUUUAUAUCUUUACAAACCUCAAAUCGCCAUGCGUAAGUGUGAAAUAAUUAUUUAACAUUAAUUCGACUAGUGAACACAAUUGGACGGAUUUUUUAGGUACCAUUGAAUUGAUUUAGAAAAAUGACGCUUUCGGCUGCAGUACCCAUCUAGCUCAGUUUCAUAUUUUGUAAUAUCAAAAUUAAAUUCUAAGUUGUGAAUUAAUCAUUGAAAUAAUGAUUAUUCACACGCGUUCGCAAUUCAAUGAAUGAAAAGAAA